AUGGAGGUUCAGCAACCGCAGUCUUUCGACUGGGCCAACGAUGCCUACGCCGCUUUCAGCGACGCCUCAAAACACCAGAAUAAGUGGACAGCUUUCGGUAGCAGCUCUGGACCCAUGAACACCACCACAGCAUUCACCAUCCCUCCAGCUCUUUUGACCCAUUCGACCGCACGUUUUGGACAGAUCACUCCACCCGAGGAGCGUUCACCAGCAGACUCAGCCCGCAUUGUCAGGGAAGGCUCCAUCCCUGUCGAGGAGCUCAUGAACGAGUCCCUCUGGCCCACGAACAGCGCAGAGUACCUACAGUCACCCCCACAGGAUUCUCAACAGCUGCAAUCGACGCCCGAGGACAGCCAGCCGUCCCUGAAGCGCCGACGUACCAGCAGACAAUCUGCCUCCAACCAAGCUCAGGCCAAUGCAUCAACACAACAGGACGACGACGCAACUGCCAACCCACAGCCUCCCAAGCGCAAGCGUGGACGACCAAAGUCGCAGCCUCAGAUGGUCGAGGCCUACACUGCGGACGGGUUCCCCUUCCAGGUGUCAUCUGCUCGCCAGUCACACCUCGAGAAGAACCGAGUCGCCGCGCAUAAGUGCCGCCAGCGCAAGAAGGAAUACAUCGGUGGCCUCGAGGGUCGUGCCCGCGAGUUCUCCGCCAAGAAUAAGGCCUUGAAGGAAAGUGUUGCCAUCCUCAGAGAAGAAGUUCUCAGCCUCAAGAACGAGGUACUGCGCCAUGCUGGUUGUGGCUUCUGGGCAGUCGACGAGUACCUUGCUCGAUGUGCAGGAGACCUACUUGGCAUGGAGGCACCCAGUGCGUCGCGCACAAAUUCUCUGCAGCACCACGCAUCACCCUCAAUACACCAAAUGCGACCGCGCGAAAACAGCAACGAGUCCGUGCCUAGUUUAGGCAGUAUGAGCGCAACCCCUGACGUCGAUGGCUUUGGUGGUCUCGAGCUUCUCAAGGAUUACGAAGAUGAC